AUGGUUGAGUCAAGAGCGUUUAGUGCUCCUGGUAAGGCAUUGCUAGUAGGUGGGUACCUUGUGCUGGAACCAAAAUAUGUUUCCUAUGUCGUUGCGUUAUCAUCGCGAAUGCAUGCCAUUGUCACAGUUGAUCCAACCUGCAAUUCAAAUAAUGAUGGUUUCGAAGUUACGGUACAAAGCUCUCAAUUCAACGAUGAAAAAUGGGUUUACCUUAUUGAUGGUUCAAACAACUACGCUUCGCAAGAACUUUACGGCUCUCAAAACAAGUUUAUUGAAAAGGUUUUGUUCAACGUUCUGAAUUUAUGUUCUCCUGAUAUAUCCAAAACUCCAGAUUUGGCCGUUGAAAUCUUUUCAGAUGCUGCCUAUCAUUCUCAGGUUGGAAGCAUUGUCAAACAGAACAAAUUCAAAGAAUUUUGUUUCCACAAGAAAGGUAUCGCAGAUGUUCCCAAAACGGGAUUGGGUUCUUCUGCGGGCCUUGUGACAGUUCUAACAGCAUCACUGCUUUCAUUUUUCCAGCCAUCUUUCAAUGCUCAGUCUACCCAGGGUUUGAAUCUUGUUCACAAGAUUGCCCAAGUUGCACAUUGUCAAGCGCAAGGUAAAGUGGGCAGUGGCUUCGAUGUCGCAGCUGCGACGUUUGGCUCAGCACUUUAUCAGAGGUUUGAGCCAGCAUUAAUAAAUGACCUCCCCGCGGCCGACGACCCAAAUUACCAGCUUGCACUGAAAAACCUUGUCAACAAGGUUGAAUGGGGUUACAGAGCAGAACCAGUCAGUUUACCCAAGGGUCUGAGAAUUGUGAUGGGUGACGUCAACAGUGGAUCAGAGACUACAAAGCUUGUUGCCAAGGUAAAUACUUGGUACAAGGAGAAUUUGCCUCGAAGCUUGGAUAUAUACAAAACCAUUGAUACCUACAAUAGGGCCUUUAUUGAAGGCAUUAGCGACUUGGAAUUGUUGUCUCAGAAAAACCUGGAAGAGUACACCACUUUAUUGAAGGCUCUAAAUUCCAGGAACGCACCUGAUAGCUUUCCCGCCAUUAAUAAGGUAAGAGAUGCUGUGGAGGGAAUUCGUCGAAACUUUAGGAUUAUUACAGAGGAAUCCGGGGCUGAUAUUGAGCCAUAUGUCCAGACAAAGCUUUUAGAUAACUCCUUAAAACUGGACGGAGUUCUCACUGGAAUGGUUCCUGGAGCUGGUGGUUAUGAUGCAAUCGCGCUUGUAACGACCGAGUCGUCGGAAUUGCCGAUCCAGACAAAAAACAACCCUAAUUUUGCCAGCGUCACCUGGUUGAACCUUCAUCAGGAAAGUAUGGGUAUCUUGGAAGAGAAUCCAAGUCAUUACAUCGACCUGGUAUAG